AUGCAAAUUCUCGCCCUGGGCUUCCCGCGCAGCGCCAUCGACUCUCUUUGUUUCGUGCUGCUCACUCUCGGCUACUCGCGCGUCUGGCAUGGCUUCGAUCUCCCAUCUACGCGGCCGGAAGACGGCGGUAGCUGGGUUCUCUUGCUGCAAGCUAAAGCUCGUGGCGAAGAUAAGUCUGGACGGGAGUUUGACUGGGACGUCUUACUGGGCGACUAUGACGGGGUAAUGGAUAUGCUGCCGGGUAUCUUUGUGAAGGAAUUACUGGAUUUUUACCCGGAGGUUAAGGUGAUUCUGGAUCGACGGAAUAAUAUGGACGCGUGGCACCGGAGUUCGAAUGUGGCGGCGGAGAUGGUGUUGGGUAGCUGGGGGUUGUGGAUGUUGAAUUGGUGGGAUCGGAAGCUGUUUUGGUGGUUUCGGAGUGCCGUGUUGUGGACGGGUAUUAUAGGGAAGGGAGAGGAUAUCUAG